AUGAUCUCUGCCACGCCCUCGCCCUCUGCCAGGGCGCUGCGGAGCCGCGACAACUCUCCAUCGCCUCAUCCGCGUGCCCUGGCUCGCAUGCCCUCCAACCAGCGGGUGAACACGGCUCUUCAUCUAUCCUCAUCCGUGGCUCCAGCCUCUGCCACCAGCGCAUCCUCCAUGACCCAAAGCCCCUAUAUCAGCUCCAUACAGUCUUCGCCCUUGGUAUCUCAUUCAAUCCACCAUCUCCCUCACCUGGGGAACCCUGUUCCCCUCGAACUGGGCGAGAGCCUUGUCUCUCCACAUGUGUUCUCGCCUCCGAAGGAACCCACGGCAGGUCCCAAGUCCGUGGGUAUCAUGCGCAAGCUCUCCCAAAGUGCCAAAGCCGGGGUGUCUUCGGCCCGCCAGACUCUGCGGAGAAAGGCUUCAUCGUCGGCACAUUCCCGCCGUGAUGAAAGCACAGGCCCCAUUACCAGACGCCGUAGUGACAGCAAGAAUGCCAUGGCGAGCGGGUUCUCUGUGGACUCUCCGUCUCUGGAUCCCCUUCCCUUGGACUUGCAGAGCGGUCUGGGGUUGUACGGUGAUGCAAUGAGCAUCUCGAGCGAGCCCACCACAUUGAUAGACACGAGUCCCGAGGGCCAGGCUCCGUGCGUCCCUGAGCACCUGGUGGCAGGCUGCCCGUUGACCAAGAUCACCAAGAAUAAAAAGCAAGAGAAACUAUUCUUCAUGGAUGUUGAGGGCUCCCGUGUCUCGUGGAAGGGUGCUGUGACGACCAAAGUUUUCCACAUUGACAACAUCAAAAGCAUCCGAAGUGGCGAGGAAGCUGCGAGCUUCCAGUCACAGCUCCGCGGGGAGGCCGUCGACCCAGAGCUGUGUUUUACGAUCAACUAUACCACCUCGGACUCGGCGAAGCAAGUCAAGUCGUUGCACCUCGUUGCUCGUAACCACCGAGACCUCCGAUUGUGGGUUGACACAUUGGAGAGCUUGGCCAAGCAUCGCGAAGAGCUGAUGAUGAGCAUGGUCGGCUCCACCGAACGCGAGUCCGUCGUGCGAGCUCACUGGGACAAUGAAAUGGCGAAGCGGACGGUCAAGCACAAUAGCGCCAAGGCCGAUGGGCUUGACCUUGCUGCCAUACAAGUGCUCUGUCGUAAACUCCAUAUCCACAUUCCCGAGAAGGAGUUGGAGGAACACUUCCAUUCUGUCGACGUCAACAAGUCAGACCUCCUGGACUACCCUCAAUUCCGGGACUUCCUGCGACGGCUUCGAGAAAGAAGCGACAUCAGGAAGAUCUUCGACGAAGUGAGGGGUGACGACGCCAAGGGCGUCACGAGGUCUCAGUUUGUCAAUUUCCUGAGACGGUAUCAGGGAAUCGACAUCGGGUCUCUCGCGGACCCUAGUGUCUGGGAAGAGAGGAUCAAUGAUUUGGUGGCAAUGUCAUUUCCGGAGGAUGCCUCUAUGCGCAGAUCCGGGCUCAUUGACGCUAAUGCCUUUGCCUCUUUCAUUGUCUCUAAGGAUUGCCAUGUUUAUUCCAUGCCCGAACCUUCCGUUCCCAAAUUCGACCAACCCCUUGGCGAAUACUUCAUUUCAAGCUCCCACAACACAUAUCUAACGGGUUGGCAAGUGGGAGGUACCGCUUCAGCCGAAACCUACCUCACGGCACUGCGACACGGAUGUCGCUGCGUCGAGAUUGACUGCUGGAACGGUCAAGAUGGCAACCCGAGAGUGACCCACGGUCGCACUAGGACCACUUCCGUGCUCUUCUCGGACUGUAUCAACGCUAUUCAAAGAUGUGCUUUCGACGUCAGCCCUUAUCCGGUGAUCAUUUCUCUAGAAGUUCACUGUGAUGCCGAGCAACAAGCCAAAAUGGUGCAGAUCAUGAACGACGUGUUUGGGGAGCGGCUUCUUGUUCACCCUUUGCCCGGGUUCACCACACAGCUUCCUUCGCCCGAAGACCUCAAGUAUAAAAUCCUCAUCAAAGUCAAGGCCACCGAGCUUCACGCUGAUCUUACGGCGUCACGGCGUCCUGCUCCCGCGUAUCGAGACCGGAGUACAAGUUCUCCCAACAGGCUCAAUACUCAACCGACGACCUGGGUCCUUCCAAAGGUACCAUAUGUCUCGAGUCCGGCAUUGGUCACACCGCCAGAGACCAUCUAUUCCCCCACGGACCGUUCAGUUACGGCAACAAGCGGAAGCAGUGCAGAUGAGGAGAGUGAUGUGGCGCCAACGUCGCCUUCCACUGUUGAGAGUCAGCGCCGUGCCCCGAAGCUGAGCAAGGUGGGCUCCCAGUUGUCCGCCCUCGGCGUAUAUAUGAAAGGCUAUACCCUUCGCGAUGCUAAGGAUCUUCGUUUCCAACAAUACAACCAUAUAUUCUCGCUCAACGAAAACAGGGCCAUUGAGCUCUGUCGCUCGACUGAGCAAAAAGCUCUCUUUGAGGACCACAACCUUCACCAUUUGUGCCGGGUCUACCCCAAGACUCUGCGUUUCCAGUCGUCCAACUUUGACCCCAACACGUUCUGGAGGAGGGGGGUUCAAAUGGUUGCCCUGAAUUGGCAAACCUUCGACGCCCACAUGCAGAUGAACCAGGCAAUGUUCGCCGCCGGAACCGAUGCGUAUGGCUAUGUGUUGAAGCCGGACUACCUCAGAAAGCCGCGGACGAAGCCCGGAGAUUUCGAGCAUCGUGUGAAGCUGCCCCGCUACAAGAUCAGGUUCUCGGUCCAAGUGAUUUCAGCCCAACAACUGCCCCGAGCGGCGAACAUGGGCAAAGACACCCCUUUGAAUCCCUUCAUCGAGGUGCAAAUGUUCAGUGCAGAGGACCGAGCACGGGGCAUCGCGAACGGCACCGGUGGUACCGAAACAUACUCGAACGGCUACCAUGGCAUUGGCAUGCCCUAUCGUCGGCAGACCCAGAUCCGAUUCGGCAACGGCUACAACCCUCAAUUUGGAGAAAACAUUGAACUCGACCUCGAGACGAAAUACCCGGAGCUUGUCUUUGUCCGAUUCAUCGUCCUGAACUCGGAUGACGGUCGACACACGGGCAAAGGGGUGAGACAGCUUGCGGCAUUCACGGCCAAGCUCGACAGCCUGCAGAAGGGAUAUCGACAUCUCCCCCUGUUUAACGGACAAGGGGAGGAGUUCAUCUUCUCCACUCUGUUUUGCAAGAUCGCGAAGCAGGAGCCUAAGCUGAUGCCCUGGUCGCUGCAAGACGUCGCCGACCGGACCUCACGCCCCAACGUGCUUCGAGGUUUUCUUUCACGCGGUUUGUCAAGUGAUCGAGGCAGGGAGCGAGGUUCCAGUGUCGAAGAAGUGGACGCGGGCCGAAAACCCAACCGUGAGCUCGAAGAGAAAACUACCAAAAAGUAA